CAGCGCGUCUCCACAGCCGGUGAAAUGAAGAUGCUCUGAACAUCUUCCUUCGCCUCUCCUCGGAUCCGCGAGCAGGUUUCUCUUUCUCCCCCGGUGUCCGCUCAGUCUGCGGAAUGCUCCGCGUUUUCUCUCCGGGGUCGUUUCCACUUCAGCAUGGGAACUUCGGUGUCCAAAAGGAAGAAUCUGAGGAGUGAUGCGAUAUCUUCCGUGGCCACAAAAGUUAGAGCCGCCAGAGCAUGAGAAUACCUGUCCAACACCCAUCCAGAGAACCACAACGGAGCAGAUCAUCUGUUGUCGGACACCUUCCCCAGCCAGGACUGCGAGUCUCCAGCCGUCAGCCGCCUACAUAACAACAAUCUGACACCUCAGAGCCACUGCCUACCCAAAGCCAAACCCAACCAGGGCGGACAAUCCAGUCCUAGCGCUCACCAUCAGCCUCAGGUCAACACCCUCCAAGCUCAAGCGCCUUCGUGCCACUCCAAACGUCGGCUCUCUACUGAACGCAGCCUCUCCACCGAGGAACCACCAGGUGCCAAAGGCCCGCAGAAGAGUGUGGUGGUGAAGCCAGCCAGGGUGUACACAAUCACCAGGGAAGGAGGGAUGACCCUGGGGGGCUGUGGCAGUGUGGAGAGCCUGGAGCUGGAGGUGCUGAAGGCCCCUGCCUCUGACAACCACAACCCGUCCUGCGCCAGCCAGCCCCCCCCCCCCCCACCGCCCGCGAGCCAUCACAGUAGUAGCUAUCACCGCAGCAACCACCACCAUGCUAGCCAGCAGCAUGGGGCAGCGUCAAUAUCACAGCCGCUGCAUAGCUCGGGGAGCACCAACAACAUCCGGGACUGGGGGAUGAGGAGAGGCGGGUCGCGGGACGACACCGCAGACUGCGUUGCCUGUAUUCGGGCUCCGUGUCAGAGCCAGCGCUCUCUUGACCUGGAUAACUCACCGAGGGAUGGAGGGAAGUCCCGCAAGAAACUGGAGAGGAUGUACAGCGAGGACACCUCCACAGAGGACCGGGAGGAACAUCCUAAUAGCUGGUUCCCCAAAGAGAACAUGUUCAGCUUUCAGACAGCCACCACCACCAUGCAGGCAAUAUCGGCUUUCCGAGGCAUUGCUGAGAGAAAGAGGCGGAAAAGAGAGCAGGAGGCAGCCAGCGUGAUGGAGAGAAACUUCCGCAAACAACUUAGGAUGGUGGGCAGCCGCAGGGUGAAGGCUCAGACCUAUGCCGACCGCCGGGCCCGGAGUUUCAGCCGCUCGUGGAGUGACCCCACCCCGGUCAAGCCUGAGUCCCUGCAUGACUCCAGAGACAGUGGGGAGCUUCAGACCUCCACAGGGACACUAGAUGAAGGGCUGGACGAGUAUGCCGACUGGGAGGAGGAGAGGGAGUUGGAGAGAGUGGCCUGUGAGGGAGAGGACUUCAUACCACCUAAAAUCAUGCUGAUAUCCUCCAAGGUCCCGAAGGCUGAAUAUGUUCCCAACAUUAUUCGUAGGGCCGACCCCUCCAUCAUCCCCAUUCUUUAUGACCAUGAACAUGCCACGUUUGAUGAUAUCCUCGAGGAGAUAGAGAAGAAGCUGACUGCCUACAGAAAAGGCUGUAAAAUCUGGAACAUGCUCAUUUUCUGCCAGGGAGGUCCGGGACAUCUGUACCUGCUGAAGAACAAAGUGGCCACCUUUGCAAAGGUGGAGAAGGAAGAAGACAUGAUCCAAUUCUGGCGGCGGCUCAGCAGGCUGAUGAGUAAACUGAACCCCAAGCCCAACCUCGUGCACAUCAUGGGCUGCUACGUGCUGGGCAGCGCUAACGGAGAAAAGCUGAUUCAGACUCUUAAGAGGCUGAUGAGACCGGCUGUAGUGGAUUUCAAGUCCCCACUGGAGCUGUCUGCAGAGGGCAAAGAGAUGAUCGAGAUGUACUUUGACUUCCGUCUGUUCCGCCUGUGGAAAAGCCGCCAGCACUCCAAGCUGCUGGACUACGAAGACCUCUUGUGAUUUGAUCCACGUUGCGUUGGCUUGUUGGCCGGUUAUCUCCCUUGUGAGCCUGCUGAAGGGCUGAGGCCUGAGAGGUUCUGUGCACAGCUGGAGCAGCCGCACAGCUGGAUAUUUUUCCCUCUGGAGCGACAGGGUGGCUCUGUAGAUUCAGCCCAGCAGUGUACUUUUUCUCCCUUACCGAUUUUCACUUUCUGCCUAUCUCUCAGAGAAAAGAGAAAGAGGGGGACAAGAAAAAGGAGGAG